GUCGGUGUGUUAACACGUUUUGUUUUUGUUCUGUUUAGCGGUCGACAUACACGAGUGUGUUAUUGUUAUUUUGUUAUUGUUAUUGGAGUGAACGAAACUGCGGAGUGGCACGGGGACCAAAAAAUUUUCUGUGUAACUGCUAUUAGUGCUAAGAGCGAGGAAAAAGGUUCGACAGCUGAAAUUACUGAAGGAGGAGUCGACCACAGCUUUGUAACAAUAAAAAUGGAGUCUGGUCGAGGCCACGGUUUGGAAUACAAUAUUCUAAUAUAUGCUAAAUAAAUAUUUAAUAUAAUAGUUUAAAACCGUUUUUAUAAUGUUAGGAAAUAAAUAAAAUAAAACAAUA